CGGCCCCGCGGCGCCGAGACUGUACAUGACAUUUGGCUUGGGGAACAGAAUGCGCCAUGGGACAACCUCAAAGAUAUCUCUCCAGAUGGGGUCCCUUACUUGAGUGAUGUGUCUGCUCUCCUGACUUGUCUUCACACCCAAAGGAUUUAUUUUCCUUUUGGAAAUAUUUUAAGUUGAAAUCUUGUUCCCUACUGGCAACUGUCUACACUAAAGACUGUGUGCAUCAUGGGUGAUAUGGCAAACAACUCGGUUGCAUAUAGUGGCGUAAAAAAUGCUGUAAAAGAAGCUAAUCAUGGAGAUUUUGGAGUUACUCUUGCAGAGCUCCGUUCUCUCAUGGAACUUCGAGCUGCAGAUGCGCUGCAUAAAAUACAGGAAUGCUAUGGAGAUGUACAUGGCAUCUGUACAAAAUUGAAAACUUCACCAAAUGAAGGUUUAAGUGGAAAUCCAGCAGAUAUAGAAAGGAGAGAAGCAGUUUUUGGGAAGAACUUUAUACCUCCUAAAAAGCCAAAAACAUUUCUUCAGUUAGUAUGGGAAGCACUACAGGACGUUACACUAAUUAUAUUAGAAAUUGCAGCUGUAGUAUCCUUGGGCCUUUCUUUUUACCAGCCUCCAGGAGGAAAUGAAUCAUUAUGUGGAUCAGUAAAUGUUGGUGAAGAAGAGGACGAAUCUGAAACAGGUUGGAUUGAAGGAGCAGCAAUCCUCUUAUCUGUAGUUUGUGUGGUAUUAGUAACAGCUUUCAAUGACUGGAGUAAAGAGAAACAAUUUCGGGGAUUGCAGAGCCGUAUUGAACAAGAACAGAAAUUCACAGUCAUCAGAGGUGGCCAAGUCAUCCAAAUACCAGUAGCUGACAUUAUUGUUGGAGAUAUUGCACAAGUGAAAUAUGGUGAUCUCUUACCGGCUGAUGGUGUACUCAUUCAAGGAAAUGACCUUAAAAUUGAUGAAAGCUCACUGACUGGAGAAUCUGAUCAUGUUAAGAAAUCCCUGGACAGAGAUCCUAUGCUGCUGUCAGGCACACACGUGAUGGAAGGCUCUGGACGAAUGGUAGUAACUGCUGUAGGUGUGAACUCUCAAACUGGAAUCAUCUUUACCUUACUUGGGGCUGGAGGAGAUGAAGAAGAGAAGGAAAAGGAAAAAGAAAAGAAGGACAAGAAAAGUAAAAAGCAAGAUGGAGCUGUUGAAAACCGUAACAAAGCUAAAGCUCAGGAUGGUGCAGCCAUGGAAAUGCAGCCACUGAAAAGUGAGGAUGGUGGGGAUGGAGACGAGAAAGACAAGAAGAGAGCAAAUUUGCCAAAGAAAGAGAAAUCAGUUCUUCAAGGCAAACUUACAAAGCUCGCAGUUCAGAUUGGCAAAGCAGGUUUGUUGAUGUCUGCAAUUACAGUCAUUAUCCUUGUGUUAUAUUUUAUAAUUGAUACCUUCUGGGUUCAGAAGAGACCUUGGCUUGCUGAAUGUACACCAAUUUAUAUUCAGUAUUUUGUGAAGUUCUUCAUUAUUGGAGUUACAGUCUUGGUGGUGGCAGUACCAGAAGGUCUUCCACUUGCAGUCACUAUAUCUCUGGCUUACUCUGUUAAGAAAAUGAUGAAAGACAAUAACUUGGUGAGACAUCUAGAUGCAUGUGAAACAAUGGGCAAUGCAACAGCUAUUUGCUCAGAUAAAACAGGGACAUUGACCAUGAACAGAAUGACAGUGGUCCAAGCCUACAUCAAUGAAAAACAUUAUAAAAAAAUUCCAGAACCAGAAGCUAUUCCAGAGAAAACCAUGGCUUACCUUGUGACAGGAAUUUCAGUUAAUUGUGCUUAUACUUCCAAAAUACUGCCUCCUGAAAAAGAAGGUGGCCUACCACGUCAUGUUGGAAAUAAAACUGAAUGUGCCUUGCUGGGAUUGCUCUUGGAUUUAAAGCGUGAUUAUCAGGAUGUAAGAAAUGAGAUACCAGAAGAGGAUUUAUACAAAGUGUACACCUUCAACUCUGUUAGAAAGUCUAUGAGUACUGUCUUAAAAAACUCUGAUGGCAGUUUCCGGAUAUUCAGUAAAGGUGCCUCUGAGAUAGUUCUUAAAAAGUGCUUCAAAAUACUGAGUGCUAAUGGAGAGCCAAAAGUAUUUAGACCUAGGGACCGUGAUGAUAUCGUGAAAACUGUAAUUGAGCCAAUGGCUUCUGAAGGGCUCAGAACCAUCUGCUUGGCAUUCCGAGACUUCCCAGCAGGGGAACCUGAGCCAGAAUGGGACAAUGAAAAUGAUAUUGUUACUGGCCUGACAUGCAUUGCUGUAGUUGGGAUUGAAGAUCCUGUGAGACCUGAGGUACCUGAUGCAAUAAAGAAGUGUCAACGUGCAGGCAUAACUGUACGUAUGGUCACUGGUGAUAACAUUAAUACUGCUCGUGCUAUUGCAUUAAAAUGUGGUAUUCUGAAUCCUGGUGAAGAUUUCUUGUGUUUAGAGGGCAAAGACUUUAACAGGAGAAUACGCAAUGAAAAAGGAGAGAUAGAGCAAGAGAGACUAGAUAAAAUUUGGCCAAAGCUCCGUGUUCUUGCAAGAUCUUCUCCCACUGACAAACACACUCUCGUAAAAGGUAUAAUUGAUAGCACUGUCUUUGAACAGAGGCAAGUUGUAGCAGUAACUGGUGAUGGUACCAAUGAUGGUCCAGCUCUGAAGAAGGCAGAUGUUGGAUUUGCUAUGGGUAUUGCAGGAACAGAUGUAGCUAAAGAAGCUUCUGAUAUUAUCCUUACAGACGACAACUUCACAAGUAUUGUUAAAGCAGUUAUGUGGGGACGAAAUGUGUAUGACAGCAUCUCCAAAUUUCUUCAGUUCCAGCUUACUGUCAAUGUAGUAGCAGUAAUUGUUGCUUUUACAGGAGCAUGCAUAACACAAGAUUCUCCGCUUAAAGCUGUGCAGAUGCUGUGGGUAAAUCUCAUAAUGGACACAUUAGCUUCUCUUGCCCUGGCAACAGAACCACCUACCGAAGCUCUGCUAUUGCGAAAGCCUUAUGGUAGAAACAAACCUUUGAUUUCUCGUACAAUGAUGAAGAACAUUUUGGGUCAUGCAUUCUACCAGCUCGUAGUGGUCUUCACACUUCUCUUUGCUGGUGAGAGAAUUUUUGAUAUCGACAGUGGAAGAAAUGCACCUCUGCAUGCCCCUCCUUCAGAGCAUUAUACUAUUGUAUUUAACACAUUUGUGAUGAUGCAGCUUUUUAAUGAAAUUAAUGCCCGGAAAAUCCAUGGUGAAAGAAAUGUGUUUGAAGGAAUCUUCAACAAUGCUAUCUUCUGUUCUAUUGUUCUGGGGACAUUCGUUGUGCAGAUAAUUAUUGUGCAGUUUGGUGGGAAGCCUUUCAGUUGCUCGGAACUGUCAAUUGAACAGUGGCUGUGGUCCAUUUUCCUGGGCAUGGGAACACUACUUUGGGGCCAGUUGAUUUCAACAAUUCCAACCAGCCGCCUGAAAUUCCUUAAAGAAGCUGGUCAUGGAACACAAAAGGAAGAGAUUCCUGAAGAAGAGCUAGCAGAAGACGUAGAGGAGAUCGAUCACGCUGAGAGAGAAUUACGCCGUGGUCAGAUCUUGUGGUUUAGGGGCCUAAACAGGAUACAAACUCAGAUCCGAGUGGUGAAUGCAUUUCGUAGCUCCUUGUAUGAGGGGCUGGAGAAACCUGAGACACGAAGUUCAAUUCACAAUUUUAUGACGCAUCCUGAGUUUAGAAUAGAAGACUCCGAGCCUCAUAUUCCCCUUAUUGAUGAUACUGAUGCUGAAGACGAUGCUCCAACAAAACGCAACUCUACUCCCCCACCCUCUCCCAAUAAAAAUAACAAUGCGGUUGACAGUGGAAUUCACCUUACAACAGACAUGAACAAGUCUGCUACCUCUUCAUCCCCAGGGAGCCCGCUACAUAGUUUGGAAACAUCACUCUGAUUGUAAGCUGAAUGUUAACACACUAGCUGCAUUGUAAAGAAAUUGAAACUGGGUCUCUUCACACAUUAUGAUGGACAAGAUGAUAUUCUUGUCUCGGACUUCAACAGAAGACACACUUGUACGAAUGUAGAUUUAUUUUUUUAAAAAACAAAAGCUUUCUGCCAGACUGGAGGGUGCUUUUCUGGGGUGGGAGUAAUAAUGAACUCUGACAGAUAAACAGUAACUCGGCAUAAGUGACCUGUGGAUCAUCUGUUGUACUUAAGAAUGGUCCUGAACAGUGUGUUAGCAGAGCUUUAGUUUAUCAUGAUCCUUUUCUGAGGGAAAGGCUGGGAAGGGCAAGAAGGCCCUGCAUCAUUGAAUUGAUACUUUAAUUUCUGCUGUUGGCUGUUAAUAAUUUGGAUUAUUUAUGUUUAUAAAUGAUACAGAUCUGUUUACAAGGUUUGUAGAUACUUUUUUGUUCCUGUUCAUAGAUGGGAAGCUUCCUUAUAAACGAUGCGGAGAAAAAGUAAAAAAAAAAAAACCCAACCCUCCCCCCCCCAAAAAAAAAACCCACAAAACAAAAAAACUAGUCCUUCAAAUACUGCUGUAUUUUCAGGAAAAGGGUGUUUCUAUUGAAACUGUACUAAAUUUUGCCUGCAAUUUACCUUGUUAAAUAUUGUAGAUAAAUUGCUACUACUAAUAGCCAAAUAGAUAACACUAAUGCUUUGUAAAAACAUGAGCAGUGGUGUUCUAAUGAAGUUAUGGCCUCUGUCCUAAUUAGUUUCUUAAAUACAUUUACUACUUAAUGGUUUUGAAACAAUUGUUUAAUUUUUAAAAAUUUUGAGAAACAUACUGAAUAACUUUUGUUCAGAACUUAGUAGGAUUGUUUAAUGAGGACAUCAAUCUGUGAUGGAACUUGCUUGAAAUAUUUCUGUUAUCUCGGGCAAAAUGGAUUAAAUCAAAAUACAUCAGAAUCUUAGUCCUUUGUUUUUGUCUUAAACAUGUUAGUUUAGUGCUGUCUUGGUGAACUGUGAGUGGAACUGUGAUUUUUAUUUUAUUUUUUUUCUAAUCUAUAGAAUCCUUCAUGCAGCAUGAGGGCUGUUGGCAUUUUGAAAGGUUGUUAGUGGGUAGCAUACAUGUUCUCCUUUUUGUUUUUGGAACUUGUUUGUAAACAUGAAUAAAUCUGCCCUUUUGUUAAAAUAAAAUUGCA